CAAAAAUUCGAUAUUAAAACAUGUUACCAAUUAAUUAUUAAUUGUUGCAUAUUUGUUUUUCUUUUGAGUCUAUUGAAAAUAGUAAUUUAAUCAUUUGUGGAAUAUCUCUUUCGAAGAAAUGCAUAAACCAAAAAUUAAAAAAUUGUACCCUUAGUGAAAAAGGUUCCUGACCCCUGCUUUAAGGGAUAGUUCAGCCAUAAAUCAAUGGUUUGUCAUCAUUUACUCACCCUCAUGUUGUACCAAACCAGUUUAACAUGUGGAACAGUAAAUGAGAUGUUAGGCCUCAGUCACUGAAUCUUUUUCCCCAUUAAUGAAAGUGAAUGUUGAAUAAGAUCAUUUGUGUUCCACUGAAGAAAGACAUACAGGUUUAGAACAACAUGAGGGUGAGAAAAUGAUGACAGAUUUGUAAUUUUGGCUCAACUAUCCCUUUAAGAGCAUGAAACACCUGCUGCACCUUUAAAUGUUGUUUGUCUCUUUCAGACUCCUCCUCCUCAGGUGACAGGUGAAAGUGAAACUAGUAAAACAGGAUCCAUUUUGUGACAAGAUCAGGAAAUAGGCUUAAUGCCGCGCACUUCCGUUCUGGUACUUCCGCAUUUUUCAGCCAGCUUCAGUACUUCCGGUCCACGGUAGCGUACGCUGUAGCUAUGUCGUUUUUUACGCGAUCGCUGCAGGACCUGCCGAGUAUAACGGCAAACGAUGUACAUCGGAUCAUCCAGACCACAUCGAAGACACCAACAUCAAAAAAGGACAAAGGUUUUAAAUUGUAUGUGUCCAGCUAUAUAAACAACUACGAAGAUUGUGCUAAGGGAUUCAAAGCCGGUGGUGUUACUGAGAUGCCAGUGUACCUGUGUGGCAGGUACAGCCUUGUGCAGUCAUGUGGCAGCUCUACUGUACCAGACGGCGCACUACUCCCAGCUGAGGCUUAUAUCAGUUCCCCCAGUGUUCAGCUGCACAGAAACUGAACAAAAGUGGCACAAACCAAGGACCAUGGGUAUUAAACCUGGUCCAGUUAAUGACAUGGUCAUUGUAUCAGCCAGACCAAAAGAAAGGAGACUUGCAGAAGGAAUCAGAAGCAACUUGUAUAAAGGAGUUAUCUGCCCUCUGCCAGACAUCUCCACUCUGAAAGUUCAGGAGGCGUACCAUGGACUUAGUGCAGACGAAGCUCCCAUGAUCACAGCAAUGGCCAUUUCGAGUGAUGUACCUCUGAUUGAGUCCAUGUUCGGUCCGGUGCAGGAGGGAAGUGUGCUUUCCUAUCAGCUACCAGUAAUGGCAGUCCCCAGUACCCGUCCACACACAGGUGCCCCUUCUCCCCCACAGCUGCCACUCUCGGAUUACAGACUGGGACCCCCUACCUGUGCAUUUGUGUUUUCUGAACAUCAGCACCAUCAUCUGGCAUCCCUUGCGACAUCUUUUGAGACGGCACACAAAGUUGAAAAAAGCACGCGAGAGCAGAGUUCCUGCGCUGAGUGGCACCAACUAAGGAGGUGCCGCAUCACCUCUACUAAAUUUAGAGAAGUUUGCCACACCAGGGGGGAAAGCUCUGCUGAAAACCUGGCAAAAAGGCUUCUGGGAUCUUGCCAUCAGACUGCUGACAUGCGGCGGGUCUUGCCCUGGAGCCUGUAGCAGUAGAGGAGUACUGCAAGGUGAGGGAAGUCAACCACUACCCAUGUGGGUUCCUGAUCCACCCUGACUCACCAUGGAUGGGGUCAACACCUGAUGGGCUUGUGUACGAUCCUGAGGGGCAGCCAGUGUUUGGCCUGUUAGAAAUUAAAUGCCCAAAUGUAACUAGCUAUGUGGACUGCCCUUAUGUUGUGAUAAAGGAGGGUACACAUACACUGAGGCGAACCCAUCCUUAUUACUGGCAAGUCCAGGGACAAAUGUUGAUUUCUGGCUGUGAGUGGUGUGACUUUGUCAUUUACACAGAGGAUGACAUGUUCAUUCAGAGAAUUCCCCGUGACAUGCAAGUCAUACAAACCAUUAAAGAAAAAGUUGACUAUUUCUUUUUUAUUUCUACCUCAAUGCCU